AUGCAAGUAGAUGGAGACAGCGAAAGCUUGGUCCAGCUGCUCGCGCCGCCAUCGCCGGAGAACAGCGAAAGCUUGGUGCAGCUGCUCGCGCCGCCACCGCCGGAGAUCAACGCGGCCGCGCUGGUGCUCUCCGACGAGGAUCUCCUCCGCGAGAUCCUGCUCCGUCUGGAGAACCAUGAACACCUCGUCGUCGCUGCCGUCGUCUGCAAGCUGUGGCUCCACGUCGCCUCCGGUGAGUUCUUCCUACGCCGCUUCCGCGUGCUCCACCCGCCUCGUCUCCUCGGCUUCUGCGUCGUCGACGGCGACGACGACGCGCUUCUGCGCCCGCAGUUCCGGGCCCUCCCGCAGCACCCGGGCGUCGCCGCCGCCGCCGCCCACCGCGCGAAGCACCGGUUCUUCGGCCCGUACGGCCACCUCGCCGGCUUCCGCCGCCCACGCAUCACCGACUGCCGAGACGGCCAUGUCCUCGUCGAGGCCACCGACGGAGCGAGGCGUGUGGGCAUCGACACGCCCUACCGCUACAGCGUGCUCCGGCCGCCGCACCCACUGGAGUCCGUACGGCUCCUCCCUCCGCCGCCGCCACUGCCCGGCGCCGGGACGCACGUCGUCGAACGCGUGUUCCUACCGGAGGACGGCGGCGACGACCACGCCAUCACGCUGGUGUACGUGCGGCUGGUCGCGCGGAGACUGACCGCGCAGGUGCACGUCCUCGGGUCCGGCGGCGCGUGGGAAGCGCCGACUACGGCGGAAACGGAGCUCCCGGCGGUGGCGCCGUCGGGUGACGACGACGACGGCGACGAAGCCGUGGAGGCCGUUCUGCCGCCCAUCAACGGAGAAGUAUACGUCGUGACAACCUCCGGUUACACUUACACUCUAGGGCUCCGUAAGAGCAGCACGAGCUUGUCCGUCCUCGACCUCCCCAAUGCGGUGAGAUCAUGCAAUUUCAGGUUGUCAUGGUCACACGAAGACGACGACGGCGGCGGCGCCGGCGGCUCUCGUGGCCGGCUCUGCCUCGUCCAUGGCGACGGGACUCAGCUCAGCGUCUGGCACCGCAAAACGGCCACGAUAGCCGUCGGAGUCGGCUGGGAGCUGAGACACACGUUCUGCGUGCGCGAGGCGUGCCAACGUAUCGAGUGGCUGCCGGAGCGGUGGUGGACCGGCCGUGCGUCGGUGAUGGCCGUCGGCGGCGACGCCGAGUUCGCGCUGCUGGACCUGGAGCAGGCUGGCAUCGUGAUCUACGUGCACCUGCAGUGGAGGACAGUGAAGAAGGUCUACGAGAGGAAGACCGGCGGCGGUGCAGAAGACGGCCGGUCGGCGGUGAGGGUGUUCCCCUUGACGACGGUCUGGCCGCCCACGUUCCCGGAGUUCGACACGGAAGCGCAGAAUAGCGGCGAGAGGUCCGUCGAUGGCAGUAACGACGACCCGGAUGGUCUCGUCGGAGCGGUGGUGAUGUCAUGCCAUGAAGGGUUCUCGGCGACGUCGCCGACGUACGUCGCAGCGCGUGGACGCGAAGACGACGCCGGAGUAGCUGCUGGGUGGUUCCAGCGUCUGGCCGCGGUGGUGGCAGCAAUCGCUGACUGUAUCGCGUAG